CAAAAAUAAUAGACAAACAUGACAAACAGUAAUCAUAAACAAUACAAACUGAAUUUACAUAAACAUUACAGACAAGACUAAUAAAAAUUAAAAAUAGAUCGACAAACAUCACAUUUAGCACUACACCGAAAAAUCCACCUCCGUAGUCUCUGGUCGCCGAAAGGCUACCUCUGAUCGCCUGGAAAAUCUCUUUCUCCUGGAGAAAAGUCCUCAUAAUAGUCACACUUGGAGAGAUAAGUCCCCACAAAAGGUGACCGCCGGCGGGCUUGGAGGGGAAAAUUCCCCACUGCCGGAAAAGUGGACCUCGCCGGAAAAAGUGGUCACCGACGGGGGUGUAUUUCUCUGGGGCGCGAAAGGGAGAGGUCCGGCCAUCUUUUAUAUUUUAAUUAAUAAAUUAAAUAAUCCUACAAUUACUAUAUUGUCAUUCAUUAAAUUGAAUUAGUGAGAGACAUUGGAUUUUAAUGAGAUGUAAUGACUGAGAUUCACUUAGUCAUGUGACCCCCUUAGUCACCUGAUUUUAGAUUUAUAUAUAUAUCUACAGGGCUGUGAGUAAGAGGUAUAAUUAAUUUUUUUCCACAACAAUUCGAGUUAUUGGAUUCAAAUGGAAUAAUGAAUUUUAUAAAUAAUGUACGAAUAAGACUUUUUCAAAAUGGAACCAAAAUAGAUAUUAAAAAGAAAUUUUUGGAAUGAACUGGUUUAUAACACGACAUUAAAGCUUAUUUUAUCGAGUAAUCGUGGGCUUUCAGGCGGUUUCUUCGUUGACUUGAUCGAUUUCUGCAUGCAGUUCCUUCUCGUUGACAAACCCACAAGCAACUGCCUCUCCCAGCUAGUUAGUUUCUUACCCCCAUGCUUUUUGGGGCUACAUACAAACAACAUGUUCCAGAGGUAGAGGAACAAACACCCACGAAACCCACUCCUCUUCCAGUUUUUAUUCAUCAAUUUCACAAAUCACACGAUCCACACACCAUCAUCAAAAUUAAACCACUCUGCCGCCCUCUGCCUAUAUAUAUAUAGUCUCUCUCCCAACACACACAACAAAAUCCAGCAAACUAAACCUGCACACCUUCAUCCCACAGGAAAACCAUCAUCGAUCGUUCUAAUACCAAACAUGGAGAGCAGAAGCGUUACAUUAUUGACUGCACUGGCAAUGAUGCUAGCGCUGUUCCUCGCCGGGCCGGGCCAGUGCCAGCCGUCGUCGGUGGCUGAUCCCGGCAGCUCCUACAAAGGGCACAAGGCGUGCGACCCAAUGUGUUUCGUGAAAUGUGCGCUGUCCGGAGGGGACAUCAACUGCUUCGGCAGCUGCAUACUGCAGUGCCUCUUCCCGACCACCGGCGGAGAGCCCGACCGCACCGAUCCCCAGGCCGCCUGCAUGGCCGACUGCGCCGUCCCCGCCUGCGCCAAGCUCUGCACCAAAGCCGAACCAUUCUCCAAGGGAACGGAACUUUGCCUGGAGUCUUGCGGAGACCACUGCGCAGACGUGAAGAAGCAAGGGAGCGGAACUUCGCCAUGAAUUGAACAUCAUGGUGGCGCGGUUUCAUCAAUGGUGGGGGAUGGACCGUCGUAAAAUUAAGUUCGAUCCUUUGUAAUAUCUUUCACUAUACUAAGAUAUGGGUUUAAAUAAAACGGACACUCAAAUUUACGAAUGAAGUCGGUGUCCAUAUAAUAUGUAUGCAAUUGAUGUAUCGGUUUCAUAUUUCAAUAUAUAUAUAGUUUGAUAAAUGAAGUUUUUUUUUAUAUAUAUUUGGUUCUUAACUCACAACAAUGCAACAUAACCACGAAAUUCCUUAUUUUGUCAUUGCUCCAAAAUCUGGCUACUAUACACAUCUAUGAGGUUGGAACACAAAAUUUUACGCGUAUAUAAGAGGCUUAAUAGAGAAUCCGAGUGUAAGUUCACUAUGUAGUUACGAAUUAUCAAUUUGCUGCUUAUAAAUGAGAUUGUUUGUU